AAAAUGUCUGGCCUUCUGGGUCUUCUUUUGUGUCUUGUGAUGGCGGGGUUGGCUAACUCUGCCAAAUUUGACGAACUUUUCCACCCAGCCUGGGCUUUAGACCAUUUCAUCUAUGAAGGAGACCUCGUCAAACUUAAACUCGACAAAUCUUCUGGUGCCGGUUUCGGAUCCAAAGGCAAGUAUAUGUUUGGGAAGGUGACCAUUUUGCUUAAGCUUGUGGAGGGUGACUCUGCCGGGACUGUCGCCGCUUUCUAUAUGUCAUCGGACGGUCCCUAUCACAACGAGUUCGAUUUUGAGUUCUUGGGCAACACCACAGGCGAACCCUACUCCGUCCAGACCAAUCUCUAUAUCAAUGGCGUUGGCAACAGAGAGCAGAGACUUAACCUCUGGUUCGACCCCACCAAGGACUUCCACGCCUACUCAAUCUUCUGGAAUCAGCGCCAAGUUGUAUUCUCAGUUGAUGAGACGCCGAUAAGGGUGCACACAAACAUGGAACACAGGGGAAUCCCGUUCCCAAAAGGCCAAGCCAUGGGCGUGUAUAGCUCAAUCUGGAACGCAGACGAUUGGGCGACGCAGGGAGGAAGAGUGAAGACGGAUUGGAGCCACGCUCCGUUCAUUGCAACGUACAAAGGCUUCGAGAUUAAUGCCUGCGAGUGCCCGGCGACAGUGGCGGACGUGGAUAAUGCAAAGAGAUGUAGUAGCAGCGACGAUAAAAAGUAUUGGUGGGACGAACCCACAGUGUCGGAGCUGAGUCUGCAUCAGAGCCACCAGCUGAUGUGGGUGAGGGCUAACCAUAUGUUUUAUGAUUAUUGCUCCGACACGGCUAGGUUUCCUGUGGUUCCCGCCGAGUGUGUCCAUCACCAUCACUAGGACUGGCGAGGAAGAAAAUCAAAGCGGGGCUUUUGUGAAUGGGGUGAUGAAAAUGAACUGAGUAAGAAAUCGAGAAACAUGAGCUUCAUGUUUCACUCUGUAACAUAUCGUCGUAGCUAUGAUGUUAUGAUGUUAAGUUUCUUGUUUUGUUGUUUGUACAUAUCAAGUGAUAAAUCUUGUUGAUCAAGAUAAGACUGUCCAAAGCUGAUUGCUUGCUUUCUUUGAGUGGGAUCCACUGUCAUUAAUCAGAGAUGAAUUUCAUGAUGGAA